UGGAAGCAAAGAGAGCAAACUCCAUCUGCAAGCGACUUAUUUCCAACACUCACACAUACACACACACGCGCACAGUCAGGCACAGAUUAGUCCAGGACUGUCAUACGCAACACACCACCUUCCUGGGAUAUGAACACUCUCAUCAUCAUUUCUCUGCUGUGCAUCGUCGUCUGCAGCGCUCUGAGUGCUCAGGGGUCUGACGACACAUAUUCAGGUGAAGUAGCCGAUUCUGCCUAUGGGGAGCUCCUCGAGCAACCACUGAACGACGAUGAUGAACUGGGAGAAAUGGGAGUACAAGAACCGUCAGGACAAAGCCAAGUAUACACAUUCAACCAUGAGGUGGUUGCAGAGAAAGGCAAGAAGAGGAGGAAGGGCAAAGGCAAGAAGAAGAACAAAAAGCCCAGACCCACCACCAACAAUCAGUUCGGCAACGUCACAAACCCCACUAACACCUCCACUCAGGACCCCUGCACCUCCACCCACGUGGGCUUCUGCAUUCACGGCCGCUGCAAGUUCGUAGAGAGUCUGCAAGUUCCAGUGUGCAUCUGUAUGAAGGGCUACAGUGGAAGGCGCUGUGGCAUCAAAACUUUGGGGUCAUUCACACCCCCGACUCAGAACUACAAUACGGAUCUGGUGCACACGGUUCUGGUGAUCAUUGCAGUCGUCCUGUCAGUCAUCAGCUGCUGUGCCAUCCUGCUCAUGACCUGUGCUCAUUACAGGUCACACAAAAACUUCCUCGCCUCCUAUCUUGGAUCUGGGUCAGAGCAGGAGAAAUUCCAGAAACCAGCGGGUGACGUUGUCAUGUGAGGGCAUCAAGUUACAAAGAGGCAAUGAAAUAAGAAGAGGAGUCCAAUGACUAGAGUUGCAGUUGUGCAAAAUGCAAAACUAUGUGGAAUUUAAUUUAUUUAGCUUGAAUAUUUAUUGCUUACAACCUCAAAUGUGUGUGUUGUAUUAUUACAAUUACAAUGUCAUUUGUGAGCGAAUGCUGAGCAUUCAGCUUUCUAUUAUUUUGUAGUUUGGUUCUAUUUAUUACACUGAAUUUGUUAUAGGUCAAAAAAUCUCUCAAAAUGUAACUAUCUCUUGAAAAGCGCUGGAAUUAGAUUUCAAAUAAAGUAUCUCAAUGUUACAAUAAAGUGUUUCAUUGUCCACAUAA